CCUUUUAAUGGUUGUUAACAAGUAAAGAUCCGGGUGGGGUUUUCACAAUUGCAACAAUUUUAUCAGGUCUGUUUUGGAUAUAUUUGCCAAUUAUCAUUCUCAGUAAUGUGAAUGAGUGGGGGGUUAUCUUCCUAAAAUAAUCUCCUCUAUACUUGUGUGUUUUACUUCUUCUUUUUUUUUUUUCCAUUCAAAUCUGGUUUUUCUUAGUCUCUGUUCUCUUCUGGAAAAAGUAAUAGAAUCCUCUGCACCUAUAGAUGCACUGUUGCAUCCACUGAGAAAACAUCUUCUGUCUUAUUAUCACAAUUUUUUCAAAAAGUAAUUUUGGGGAUGUGACACUCUUUCGAUACAUGAAUGCCACUUGUUUCUUCGGUUUUUUUUUUAAGGUUCUCACUCUGUUUUGAAUUCUCCCUGCAAGGUCUACUACUAAUUGUUAAAAAUUAGUAUAAAGCAUUGGAGUGUUGAACUCCAUUAGUAUUUUGUGAUGGACUUCGAACAAAGGAGCAGAAACGAAGAUGGGAGCAAAAUCUUAGGUAACCGUCUAGAGGUUCUGGAUGGGAAUGGGAACAAGAAGCAGUCAGAAACAACUCUAGAGGUGAGUGAUGCAAAUAGAAGCAGUAUGGUUUCAGAAAAGGUUGCUGAUAGAAAUGGAAGCAGUAGUUAUUUUGAGUUACUACCUGAGUUUCGGGGUGGAUCUGAGCGCAGCGACCAUUUUCUGAUCAAUCCAGAGAUAAAUCCAGAAGUUGUUGAUAGGAGUCAUAGCAGUAAGAAAUCUGAACCAUAUUUAGAACUCACUGGUAGUGAUGAUAGUUGUAAGCAUUCAAGAAUAGAACCAGAUGCUUCUAUUAGUGAAGGUCAUGAACCCAUCCCGACCAAGAAGCUUGGAUCUUCCUCCUCUUCGUCAUCCUCGUCAGUCUCAUCAAUAGAUGAUCUCUUCCAAGUGAAUGUGACUGAUAUUAACCACUCUAUAUCACCCAAAGCUAAUGAGGAUAUCAGACCAACACCGGUAGUUGACUACAAUCCAAAAUCAGAAGUCCUUGACAGUGUAUCUCCAGGUCUAACAUCAACAUCUCAAACCUCUGGCAUCACUAGUGAACAAUUACCGAAUGCCAUGUCGCCAACAACACAAUCCCCACCUAUCCAAACGAUGGACAGAUCAGAAGGAUAUGAUCCUCUUAGGAUUCCGUCCUCCAUCUUUGCAUCAAGUAAACCUUCAACGCCGAUGGAGUGGAGUGUUGCUUCCAAUGAAUCAUUGUUUAGCCUCCAAAUUGGCAACAGUAGUUUCAGGGACCAAGUUCUUAUGCAUGGGGAUAUACCUAAGUCAGGUGAAUUAUUCAUGCUAAGCCCGACUCCUGCAAGUGCAGUUGCAGGAGCUGAUGGACAGUUUUCAGCUCCUGUGCCGGGAAAUGACGCGCAUAAUGUUGGAAAGAAUAAUGAGCCUGUGAAAGAUGCAGCAAAGUCAAAUGAGAAAGACAUAAGGGAUCAAAUUGCCCAGGCUCUAGUAGUAUCCUGCAAUUCCACCAAUUCCAACCAUUCUAAUGAAAGUGGAAUAAGCAAGAACUCCUUUACUUUCCCAGUAAAGAAGAAGUGUGCAUGGCGAUCGUGCUACUGUUCUAAUUGUAACUGGACGUUCUGCUACUGUACACGGCCAAGGUGCUGUUUUAGGUGGCUUAGCUGCUUUUGUUCGAAUUGUAAAUGGCCUAGCUGCUGUAAUUGUUCUAAUUGUCAAUGGCCUAGCUACCAUUGUUGUAAUUGUAGCUGGGCGUUCUGCUGCCAUUGGAACCGUAGUCGAAAGCGAUUGCACGAUCAUUCUUCACCCAUUUUGGCAGAUGGGGUAAGAAGUGCUUCUGCAAAAACAGAUGAUGAGAAGCAGCAUCACCAACCAACGGACUCCAAAGUGGCACAAAAACAAGCUUCCUGUGGCUGGUUUCCGUGCCUAUCUUACUGCUAUCCAUGUUCUUGUUCAUGGCCUACAUGCUUUCGAUCUUGUUGUUGAGAAAGAGAGUGCUAACGAGCCAGAAGGCUAGGUUUGUGCCUCUUCAAAAUGGCUUCCUUCUUGACCCUCUACUACUUUAAACUGAGUGAAGGAAAGGGACAUCAGCGAAACUCGCUCCUAAUUUAUUGGACUCACAAAGCCUGCCAAAAUAUGAAAACUUCACUCCUUAAUGAUCAAGGCUGCAUCUUUUAAUAGCUUUCUCGUCCAUCUGAUUGGUCAAAUCCACAAAAUGCUGGCAUCAGUUUUCAGGUUCAAAGAUGUUUUUUCAGCUAAUGUUGGGUGGCUUCAUAAUGAGGGUAUGGGAGAAAAGAUGAUGCUGCACAAAUGACUCGGAAAUUUGUAGAUUUGCAUGCAUUUGUUGGAUGAAUUUUGCAAGAAAAGUUGGAGGUGAUUAUGCUUUUGGCAUCUGAAAUGUGUAUAUAUAUUCUCUUCUGCGCUCAAUAGAGCUGUAAUU